UCAAAAAUCCCUUUUUCAACACCCAGCUUCUGCAAUUCGACGGAUCCCACACUCGAUUACAGAGCGCCUGCAAUUCGCCCCUUCCCAGUGUUUGCGCACGGCAUCACCUCCGUUGUCUUCAGCUCUUGGCCCAUUCUCACUGUCCCAUUUUCCCACACCCUUCUCCCUUCCGUUGUCGGUUCUCCAUUUUCGGCUUCCUGCAAAAUAGAAAAAUCGAGUUCCCUUCGUUUUAGAGUUGUCAUGACCCUACGUUUCCUUCCCUUACAACUGCGUUUCUGUGCCUACAUUUCGUUUCGGAGUUGAACUUUUGCCCCAGUCCAGUAUAAUCGUCGUCUGCUCCAAGGAAUAUCACCACCGUACAGCCCCCCUGAGGAGGUCAUAGAUCUACUCAGAUAAAUUGUGGUCCUCAAUAUGGCUCGAAGACUUGACGCUAAAGCUCUGUUUUGGAAGUUUAUUUAAAUGGCAUGUAUAUCAACAAUUGCUAGUGACAAGCUCCACAAACUUUGCAAGCUGACAGCAACAACAAGGUAUAAACUACGAUGAAUAACCCAACAUGUAGCAAAGUCAUCUGGAUCGCUUCAUAAUCUUGAGGAACAGCCUUUAAACGUGGAAUAUAAGUCUGCAUUAGUCAUCAUCAUGGACUCAGAAGAAAGUUUCAGCAGAAGUUUGUCUUAGGGUUUGAAAAGCCCGAACUUUGGUGGUUGCUGGAUUUUAAGUUACUUCAGAGGGAAUAAUUAGAAAAAUAUGCAGCCUUUACUGUUUUGAACCAGGGAUGAAUAAUUUCUGUUGAGGACAGACGUUGAGUGCAUUUGAUUGAAAGAGACUUGAACGAGCUCGACAGAAUUGUUGGUGAGCUGCUACAGCCAGGUGGCUAUCUGAAACUGUUUGAGUUGGGUCUUAAAGGAAGAUGGUAAGAUCAAGAAAGUCUACUCAAGAGCCUCGAGAUGAUUUGCCGAGAGACGAUGCCAUAGCUCAAGCGUUAAGGCAAAUGACGGAAUUUCUACAGCAAAAUUUUAGGCCACAACAAGGAGAGCCUAGUAGAGCGGUGCAAACUGGAUGUACCUAUGAGCGCUUUUUAGUGUAUAGAACCCCAUCUUUCACGGGCGAAGAGGAUUCACUUCGGGCUGGAAAGUGGAUUAGAGAUAUAGAAAAGACAUUUGAAAUAUGUGGUUGCACUGAGGCGCAACAAGUACUUUAUGCCAGUUAUUUGUUACAAGGCACUGCUUCUGAAUGGUAGGAGAUAAAAAGAGUAAUGUUAGAGUCAGAAUUGGGGUCCUUUGCUGCUGUGUCAUGGCAGCGCUUCAAGAAAGAAUUUAAUGAUCGUUUUUUUCCGGCUUUUGUGAGAAGACAAAAAGAAAGGGAAUUUACAAGCUUGGUCCAAGGAAGUAUGACCGUAGAACAGUAUGCCCGAAGAUUUAUAGAGCUUGGGCGAUUUGCUACCCAUCUCAUCGCCAUGGAGGAGAUGCAGGCCGAGUAUUUUCAGGAUGGUUUACGACCUGAUAUACGUAGAAUGGUAGUCUGCCACCGGAUUACCACUUUUCACGAUUUAGUUGACUUGGCCACUCUUGCAGAGCGAGAGAUUAAUUUGAGUAUGAGUUCCCCUCUAGGACAAAAGAAACGGAGUUUUACUGACAAAGGAAGUAGUUCUGGUUCGCCUCAGAAGUUUGUUCAGCGGACCGGGACUCGACCACAAGCAGCCUCAGGUGUACGUAUAGGAGGACGGGUGCCAGUUUACGGAAGUUGUAAUAGAGCCCAUAUUGGUGAGUGCCAUUCGGGUGGGGCUCGAUGCUAUAAUUGUGGUCAGCAGGGACACUUUGCUCGUGAGUGUCCUAGGCCAAUUCAAGGAAGCCGUGGAGGUCGACGUGGUGGAAGAUCUAAUCAGAGGCAAACAAUGCAAGCUCGGGUAUAUGCUGUUACACCCGGAGAUGCUCACGAUGAGGUACCAGCGACCCAUGAUGCUGGAGUGAUUACAGAUUUUGAUGCAGAUGUGGAGGAAGAGAAGGAGGUUGAGCCCGAGUUUUGACUUGAAGUCUUUCAUGUUUAAAAGUUAUCUCUAUUAGUUUUUAUGGCUUGUAAUUUAGUUUGAAACAAUAUUUGAGACUUGUAAUAUUUUAUUAUGUGUGGUUUAAACGGGUUUGUAUUAAACAAAAAAUUCUGGUACUUAGUUAUAAAACUUUUAUUAUC